AAAUCCUGUUCAGAAUAUGUCCGAGUCUGUGUAUGUGGGAAUGUGUCGCGAGAUGGGGACCCCGCAGCAAGUGACCUCCAGGAGAGAUAUAGGGGAUAUGAUGGAGUUGUUGGACAAACAAAAAUAUGAUGUAGUGAGAUUAAUGAGGAGUGGGAGUUACAAAGAAGGAUUCAGAUUACUAGAACGUGGUUCAGACAUUGACACUAUGAUAUGGCCGACUGACCACCUAGUUAUGUGGGACUUCUCUCAGUCUGAGUAUUACAACAUACACGGACAGACACUGAUUCUUUCUGACAGUUCUGAGAGUCCACCAGGAUUUACAUUACUUUGGUUACCAUUAGAAAGUGCCGGACAAGGAGUGAUAUUAUCAUGUGUGGAAAUAAAUGGAAAACUUUAUAUAUCAAGUUCUAAACACAGAGAGAACACACAUAUUGCGGUUCCAUUUCAUCCUGAUGACACAAUACAUGGACCAUGUAGCAGUGGAACAGAUGGACCACUAGAAUACGAUCAUGCACAUUGCUUUGUAAGUGAUUUUUGGCCUCCGUCUGCUACCUCAUGGAUAGACAGAUGUUACUCAUGGCCCCCACCUCAUGUUGUCAAUGACAUUGUCAGAAAUGGGUGUCACGUUGUAGCAAUAGGACACAAACUAGGAAACCAUGAAGAAAUUGAAUGGAGAAUUUCUUUCUCUCAGGCAGAGUACAAACUUGUGUAUUCAAUGAAUCACACACAAUUCUUAACUUACGGUUUGGUAAAAUUGUUCUUAAAGGAAAUAAUUAACAAUGGACCAAGAACUGAAGAUAAGCUAUUGUGUUCCUACCACAUGAAAACAGCUGUUUUUUGGGCCAUUCAACAAAACACACUUCCUCACUGGUGUCCACAAAAUUUUCUUGUCGGUUUCUGGAUCUGCUUAAAACUUCUCCUUAAAUGGGUGUAUGAAGGGAUCUGUCCAAAUUUUUUCAUCCCCAAAAACAACAUGUUUCUAGGCAAAAUCUAUGGCCAUGCACAAACAAGUUUAUUCAGGCGACUGUAUGGGUUGUAUGAGAAGGGUAUAGCAUUGCUGCUACACAGUCCCUCCAUCAGGUCCUCUAUCAUCGAUGUCCUCUGUAAUCCCAGACUCACAGUGUGCACUAAUGAACAUACUCUAAUCUCUGAGGCUGAGUUUGAUGUAGAAUUAUUUGGUGAGAUAAAUAGUAGUAAUACACUAUACCCAUUCGACCUUCAAAGCUGUAUAUACUACCUACACGCUAUAGAGCAGUUAAUAGAUUUACCACUGUCACAUUAUCAUGUUGUAAGUUUACAGAAACAUACAUCCUCAAUGUUUCAGUGCAUUGCUUUUAUAUUACACAACAUGUAUACAGUUACAGGUGUCAAUAAACAAAUGUAUGUUGCUGACAAAAUAUCUUGUCACUUGCUCAAAUUAACAGCCAAGUUUGGGUGUGUUUCCGACAUGUUGUACCUUGCCAUGUAUUAUUACAAGACACUCAGAUACAGGGAAGCUUUAUCUGUCAUAGAGAGGACAAAGGUCAAGUUAGCACAGCCAUAUCUGAUGUAUAAUGAACGUGUAGACAGAGAGAGGUAUAAUGACGCUGUAGGGGGACAGUCCUGGUCUAAAAAAAGACUUGCUGUAGCAGGGGAUAUUAGAUUUAACAAUGAAAUCUGUUAUAUUAGUGAACUAUUACCAGAACAACAGUCUAGUAUACAAAACAGAAAGCCUUUAUUGGAUCUUCCACCCUUUGUAUUGUUACAUAUGCUAGAGUUUUUAUGCUCUAGACAUGUUAACAUAAUGAUAGCACAAACAGCUCUAGAUAAUCUACAGGUCCUAGUCCACCAUGAUCAGGGAUGGUUAGACAUUUCCUGGGAGAUCCCGGGGAUCUGUCAACAGAUGGCAGGAAACCUCCAGGCUGCCCUGUACUCAUACCAACAGUCACUAGGACAAUAUCCAUUCCAUAAAAUACAAACUGCUACCACAAAAAGAAUCCAAGACCUACACUUUUAGACACCCCAUUUUCGUCAAAUGUCACUUUUACGAUAUCUUAAUGCUAUUUACUUCAGUGGAUAAUGUCUUGAACAUUUAAAAAGAUGUUAAACAACCAACAAGAACUUCAAAUAAGGUCUCAUCUGGGUGUUGCGUAUCAGGGUCGUAAAUUUACCCGUGUCGGUACCUAACAUAAUGUUUGAAUUAAUAUUUGCAAGUAUAUAUUGGACAAUACCUGGAUUGUUUUUAGAGUUGCAAUUUUUUUGCAUUUUGAUAAAAAUACAAUAUUUAUUUUUGUGAUCUUAAUUGUUGAAAUGGUAAAUAUGAAAAAAUCAUUAAAUAAGAUUUUUGUAGUUGAUAUGAAAUGCAAUAUUUUGCAUUAAAAGUACCACGUAAAUAUUCAAAUAUACACUAAAUUUUUAAGUGCCAAAACCUUCUUUAAUAUAAUUAUGCAAACGAAAUCAAUUCUAACUUUAUUGAUUUUACCUAUUUUCAAUGAAA